UGCUAAACACAUGGUGCAGCCAUUUUCUUAGCAUUUUUACCAAAAUGCAAUACUUUCUCAUCACUCGCAAUAAUUACUUUCAUAUUAUUUGCUAAGAGGGAGAAAAAAAAAAUUACGAGUAAUUAUUGCGUAAAAUUAUGGUAAAUAUCCUGGUUAAAUUUACACAAUUACACCCUCUGUAAAUAAAGACGUCCAUUUUUAACUUGCGGGCGCCAAAAGCUACCGGGAAAUCCCGGGAAAGCGCGAAAACUCGUAAUUUGAGUUCCCGCCUUUUCCAGGUGCAUAUAGCAAUCGCCAAACCACCCUUCUCUCUCUCUCUCUCUCUCUCAGAUCCCUAAACCCACAAACCCAAAAUCAUCCAACGAAGAUGGAUCUUUCAGACAUAGCCAAGAAGCUCGACCUCUCCGACUCCAAGCAAGUCGUCCGCAGAGCCGCCGAGCUCCGCCGUCUCUGCGACAUCCAGUUCGACUCUUCCGUUAUCGGCGUCGGAGAGGUGUGCAAGGCCGUGAUCUGCUUGGAAAUAGCCGCAACAAGGUCGGGGAUUUUGUUUGAUCGGCAAAAGGCGAUAAAGUUGAGUGGGAUGUCGGAAAAAGCUUACACCAGAUCCUUUAAUUCCUUGCAGAACGGCCUCGGCGUCAAGAACAAACUGGAUGUUAGAGAACUUGCGAUUCAGUUUGGGUGUGUUAGGAUCAUUCCCUUUGUGCAAAAGGGUUUAUCCCUUUACAAGACUCGGUUUCUUGCAUCGUUGUUGCCUUCUCGGCGGGCAGGUGCUGACUUCACUCGACCUGUCUUUGUUGCCGUUGCAUUUUAUUUGUGUGCAAAGAAACACAAGCUAAAGGUAGACAAGAUUAAGUUGAUUGAGCUCAGUGGUACUUCUGAAGCUGAAUUCUCUUCGGUUUCUGUUUCCAUGAAGGACUUGUGCUUUGAUGUUUAUGGGACCGAAAAGGAAAAGAAAGAUCCCAAGGAGGUUAAGGGGAACCGAGAACUUUUAGAUGUUUUGCCAGAGAAAAGGAAACUUGAGGAUGGUGGUUAUUCAUCUGAUGAAGGAUCUGAGCCUUCAUGCUAUAAGAAGCGCAAAACAAUAGACAAGCAGGCCUAUGAGGGUUGGAAGAAGACUGUCAUUGCAUCCAAUAAACAAACCAAGGCAAAAGUUCUUUGCAAGCGGACCACACAAACUGGCCUAAGCAGCUUUCUUAAGAAAGCACCUGAGAAGUUGAAUGCUACUACUUAGGACACACUUGUUCCCCUCAUUUUCGCACAAGAUGCUGGGCAUAUUUUGCUGGAACAGCAAAUGUGAAAAAGAAAGAAAAUAGAACAAAUUUUGAAUCCCCACUGUUGGCUCUCCAAACCAUCUUUAUCACUCCGCCGUAAUGACAUUGGAGUGACCCAUCUUCUUGUUACAUGAGUUAUGAGGCCCAUAUGUGUAAUCAAAAAAAAAAUCAAACUAGUAGAAAUUUUGAUCAUCUAGAAAAAGUUGUUAGUCCUAUUCCGUGGGUAUACAGCUGACACGUCAUAAGCGUCGACUUGUCCAAUUUCAAACGUAAGCAAAAAAAAAAAAAAAUCUUUAAUCGAGUCAAACUUGGUGUCCUUAUUUGUCCGUCCACAGAAAC